AUGGCCGCGCAGGCCCUUGGCGAGGCCAUCGCGGCCUCGCCAGCUGCAAGCGAGGCGGCGAAGGCUCUCGCCAGAUCUGGCGAGGUUGCCUCGCCCGCGGCCGCGAAAGCCCUUGGCGAUGCCAUCGCGGCCUCGUUAGUCGCGGUUGAGGCGACAAAGGCUCGCGCCAGAUCCAGCGAGGAUGCCUCGCUCGCGGCCACGGAGGCCCUUGGCGAGGCCGUCGCGGCCUCAUCGGUAGCGGGCAAGGCGAUGAAGGCUCUCACUAGUUAUGGCAAGGCUGCUUCGCCCGCGGCCACGAAGGCUCUCGCCAGAUCUGGCGAGGCCGCCUCGUCCGCAACCACCCAGAUCUGGCAACGGCCUUCGCAGCCGAGGGCAAGAUGGCACGUGGAAUCUAAACAUGGUUCACCACAUAGAAUUCAGGAGACAAUUGCCCUGACAUUCCCAUCAGAAGUCUAA